CCUUUUCUCUUUUUUUUUUCUUUUUCCCCUACGCAACCGGACAUGGCUGUUCUUAAGCGAUGGCUAGAUCUGGUGAAGAGGGAUCAUGGGCGUGAUGACGAUGAUUGGCCUCACAGGAGUUGGUAUUGGAAUGAUCAAGCAAGAGCAAUUAAAUGGGGAAUCUUUUUUGGCAUCUUGACUUUCUUCUUCGUACUCAUGAUGGCAAUGUACUAUCACGCCGACCGCCGGAUGAAGAAUGGACAGCCCCCUCUUCGCUAUCACCGGUGGCUAGUACCUCGGACCCGGAGGGCCCAAUUCGAACCAAACCUCCAACGACCCGAAGAGAACUUCUCGUUCUAUCACCAGCAGCAACCUCAGGAAAAUGAUACAUACGGAAUGCAUGCCGUGCCGCCUCCAGCUUACAAUCCCAACUAUCCCGAACCCCCCGUUUACUCUGGCGGUCCCCCAAUCGGAGCCACAAAGGUCGACCCAGCAGAACAUCCAGCGCAUCACUUGGGUGAAGGUAGCAGCAGCGGGCCCGCUCCUCCUCCCCCUGUUGCCGUCCCGGCAUCUACGCCGCAGCAGCGCCCACAUUAAACCAAAGGGCCGAUUGUUAUGUCUUAACAGAAGGUUGCAUUAAACUCUGGAGUCCCGUAAUAUCGUCUAGAGGACGGGAGAAAGAAGGAAGGAUCAUUUACCUGUAAAUUUAGUUUCUCAAACCGUCUCACUCACUGCGUUCUGUGUUCUUAAUUUUUUGCCCUUUUAGACCCUCAUCCCGCUUUUACUCCUUUUGCUUUUGGUUACCGGACGGAUGCACAUAGCCAUACAUUUUCGUUUCAAGCAAGUUCGUACCAUUUCUUUUUCAAUUUCGUCUUAUCGUCUACCACCUGAUCUCUUUUGUUUGGGCGGGCAUUGGGUUUUUUCAUUUAAAGUUACAUUGGGGGAGACGUAUUAUACAUCAUGGGCAGCAAUUUUUAAAUCGGAGAUGGGACGGCUGGCGGGGGGGAGGUAUUGGAUGGGAGAAAAUAAAGAGCUGAUUUUUCAGAGAAAAA